AUGGAGUCAGUAGAAGAAAAUAGCACCACAAAUUUAUCAGACAUGCCACCUGUUGAGCGAACUUCUGAAACAUCGCACCUUGUACCACCAAAUUCAACAUCACCACCUAGCUACUUGAAUUUGGCUAGCAACUUAUGUGCACUAAUGUUCAUUGCCAUCAUAAUCUAUUGCUGUUUUAGAGAUGGUGUUUCUUUAUUUUCAUUUCACCCUAGCCUGAUGUCAUUAGGGUGGCUGAUGAUUAUGACAUCCGCAAUAAAUGCAAUUACUCCAGGAGACUUGGCUACAGAAUGGAUGCCUAUUCGACUCCGCAGUGCACGUCAUUGGGUUCUACAGUUACUGGCUGUAACCAUUAUAACAGUCGGAUUUUUAGUAAUACUUUCUAAUAAAAUAAUCAAUAAUAAAUCUCACUUUGCCACUUUACAUGCCAAAUUUGGACUAGCUUCUCUGAUCUUUAUGUCUUUAACAUCUUUAGGAGGUAUUGGCGCUUUGUAUAGUUUAAAGCUAAAGAACUACAUUGCGCCAAUUUAUACAAAACUUUUACACGCGAGUGUGGGUUUGUUGACGUUAACUUUGGGUGUUAUCACUAUAUUACUUGGUAAUUUCUCACACUGGUGGUCAUUUGGUGAAAUAUUAAGAUAUUUUAGCAUGAUUUUAGUCCUUUUAGUAAUGUUAUUCACCAUACUGCGACCCAGUCUAAAGAUAUAUUUUCGACUUAAAGAGAGACUCGACAAUAUGAAUUAA